CAGGUGGGUGGGUUUGUUUUUGAGGCGUCGCCGUAAAACUGAGUACUCAGAGGUUAUAUAGCUGGUUGGUAUUUUCAGGCAUCUGGCAUUUUGCAGUAGGCUACGCAACAGAAUUUGAGAGCGUGACAUAUUCCAAGAAAUAAAGUUUUAGCCAUGGCCAAGUACAUUCACGUACCAGACGAGGCUCCGACUGUUCUUAAAAUAGACGUGACAGUUGACGAGAAUGACUACAGACUUGGUGCACUGAAGCUGCUCAAGGAGCUGCGACCAAUGUGGAAGCCAUCCGAGAUCAAAGUGAAGUUUUUCACAGAUGGAAUAACCAAUAAGUUGCUGGGCUGCUAUGUGGGUGCAGUCAUGCAAGAUGUGGUUCUGGUUCGUAUUUAUGGCAACAAAACAGAACUGUUGAUCGACCGGGAAAAUGAGGUGAAAAGCUUCAGAGUACUACACACUCACCGAUGUGCACCGCGCCUCUACUGUACCUUCAACAAUGGCCUGUGUUAUGAAUUUCUGCAAGGAACAGCACUGGAGCCUAAACAUAUUCGCAGCCUACCAGUUUUCAGGCUCAUUGCCAGACAACUGGCCAAAUACCAUGCCAUCCAUGCCCAUAAUGGCUGGGUCCCCCAGUCUGACCUGUGGCUGAAGUUGGGCAAGUACUUUGCUCUCAUACCAAAGUACUUCAAAGACACUGAGCAGAAUGCCAGAUUAAGCACAGAGGUGCCCGGCCCACAGUGCCUCCAAGAAGAGCUAGUGUGGCUCCAGCAGAGCUUGUCUGUGCUGGGUUCCCCUGUAGUUCUCUGCCACAAUGACCUGCUCUGCAAAAAUAUCAUCUACAACCAGAAGACAGGCAAUGUAAAGUUCAUUGACUAUGAAUAUGCUGGGUACAAUUACCAAGCCUACGACAUUGGGAACCAUUUCAACGAGUUUGCUGGCCUGAAUGAGGUGGAUUAUAGUCACUAUCCAGAGCGGGCCUUUCAACUGGAGUGGCUCUGCUCCUACCUAGAAGCUUACAAGGAGCAUAAAGGUCAAGGCAGUGAUGUGACUGACAAAGAGGUGGAGAUUCUUUAUGUCCAAGUCAACCAAUUUGCACUGGCAUCCCAUUUCUUCUGGGGUCUCUGGGCUUUGAUUCAGGCCAAGUUCUCGACCAUCGACUUUGACUUUUUGGGAUAUGCAAUCCUGCGCUUCAACCAGUACUUCAAGAUGAAACUGGAGGUAGCAGCACUGAACUUGCCCAAGUGCUGA